AUGGACAGGAUGUCGCUGUGUUCCCCUAGGGACCUUGUCAUGAGCCUUGACUAUCACAGGGCCGACCCCAGGAGGACCCGAGACAGCCAUAUGGAGUCUCGAAUCCACAACGCCGCCAUUGAUGAUCUCAUGCCGCAUAAGAGCCACAGAGAUUAUCGCUCAGCUCAUUCAACGAAGCGUCGUCGCUACUCAGAAGAGUAUGAAGCUGCUGACCAGUACUCCUCAUCACAUCGCUCGUCACGUGAACUCGAUUCCGUCCUAGUACAGCCGUCAGUGUCUUCAAGCUCAAGGGGAGUUAGAAGUCAGGAGUUGGCUAGAGAGCCCAGAAAGUCCAGGAAACAUCAUCUGCCCUCCCCUCCCCCUGAUGAGUCUCAACGAUAUCGCCGUGGCCAAGUUGAGCCCUUCCCCAGCGCCACCAGAACAGAGAGAAGUCGCGAUCUUCGAGGAUUUGGCGCUUGGUGUGAUCCAAUCGCAGUGCCUCAGCAAGAACUUCUUGCCGAAACUCCCUAUGACGAUGAAGAGUUUGCACAGAGCAGGAGAUCAAACAGAUCCAAUGCACCCAGCACACCACGGGACCGGCUGUUGCCGAUGCCCGAGCUCUCACCAAUGCCAACCCACUUCGAGUUCUGUCCCUGCUGCGUUGAUGAGGAGGGCAGAAUCAAUGAAACGUGGCAUAUGGCAGGACAUGAGAAGAUGGACACACAAUUAAUGAACGCAUCUUCUCAGCCCUUGUUGAAUUGGAAGAGUGGCGAAAAGCAUGGAAAGGCUCGCUCAAAUGAGUUGCAGUCCGCCAACUUUGGUGGUCAGGUGUCUUGGGAGGACAUGGUUCCUCAAACGCUAGGCACCAUUAUCCAAUCCAAGCCAGCCGCUGCUGAGUCUGCCUAA